AUGGAUAUCACGCCGAAGACAGAGAGAUUAAAGUCGGUGUUUUCUCCACCUUGUGAUUCAGUGGAGUCAAGCCCCACUGAGUCUAAACAAGUGAAGAGUCACCCACAGCUGAGUGCCUCGCUGAGGGAGAGGCUAAAGAGAUCAAGGCGCUCCUUCACCUCGCCCUUCUCGGUGGCCAAACGCCUUUGUGUUGAGGAAGGGGAGGAAGAGGAGGAUGGUCAACAAGUUUCAGCAAAGUCCCGGGAGACGUUUAAUAACACUCCACUGAAUACCCUGAAUGUUGAUAUAAACAGAAAUGAAGCCAGAUCAGGGAGUGAAAGGUUGUCUGAAGCAACACAUACUUCUCUUGUACCACAAAGACAACAGCUGAGCAGGGAGAUUAAAGACAAGACCGAGACUCUGCGCAGACUCAAGAUGGUUAAAAUGUACAGAAGCAAGAAUGAUCUAAAGCAGCUCCAAACCUUGAUUGACAAGUGGCGGAGUUGUGCUCAGGCCGCUCUGUAUGAGCUCCAGUCAGAGGUCCCCGUAGACGGAGGAAAGGCCAGCCUGUCAGUGCUUAUUGACCUCUUUAGUCUGGAUGACACUAUCCUGCACUUUGAUCGCACAGAGGAGGACUUCACUAUCUAAAUAUGCUUUCAA